ACGUAAUUGCAGCUGCGCGUCCGGUGUUCUGGCCUCCAUCGCUCGCCGUAGAGCCUCAGUCCCUCGCAGUGUCUGUGGCCGGUGUCGGGCGGGGUUCGCACAGGGAGACGGGCAGUGACGUGCCCGGGCACAGCUGGGAAUACUGAGGCUGGUGAUCCGAUUUCAGCUUGAAAUCCCUCAUUUCCUGUCUGGAGGAUUGCAAGGUCUCUCACCAUGUCCGACAAAAGUGAGCUGAAGGCCGAACUGGAGCGCAAGAAACAGCGCCUGGCUCAAAUAAGGGAGGAGAAGAAGAGAAAAGAAGAGGAGAAGAAAAAGAAGGAAUCUGAUCAGAAGAAGGAUGUCCCCCCUCCACAGGAAGAGUCAGACUUGGAGAAGAAGAGAAGAGAGGCUGAAGCCUUGCUCCAGAGUAUGGGGAUUACCCCUGACCCCCCGCUGGUCCAACCCCUGCGAAUAGUAACAGAGGAUACGUGUCUGUUUCACUAUUUAGUCCCUCCGCCAACGUCUCCCUCCUCUAAAUCUGUGAGCACGCCAAGCGAGGCAGGAAGUCAGGACUCUGGAGAUGGGACAAGUGGAGCCAGUUCCAGACCUGCAGUUACCAAGAAGACACUGCAUUGGGACACUGAUCCGUCCGUUCUUCAGCUCCAUUCUGACUCCGAUCUGGGACGUGGUCCCAUGAAAUUGGGCAUGGCCAAAAUUACUCAAGUGGAUUUCCCUCCUAGAGAGACUGUCACAUACACAAAGGAGACACAAACCCCAAUCUUGGCUCAGGAAAAUGAAGGUGAGGAAGAUGAAGAGGAAACAGUUACUGCAAAGCCAGCAGCUGUACUUGAGGAAGACAAACCUGCAAAGACAGAAGAGAAUAGUGAAGCUCCCCCUCAUGAAUUGACAGAAGAAGAGAAACAACAGAUCAUUCACUCUGAGGAGUUUGUUAGUUUCUUUGACCACAGCACAAGGAUUGUGGAGAGAGCCCUGUCUGAGCAGAUCAAUAUUUUCUUCGAUUAUAGUGGCAGAGAUUUGGAAGAAAAAGAAGGCGAAAUACAAGCAGGUGCAAAAUUGUCUCUAAAUAGACAAUUUUUUGAUGAACGUUGGUCAAAGCAUCGUGUUGUGAGCUGUCUGGACUGGUCAUCUCAGUACCCAGAAUUGCUGGUGGCAUCCUACAACAACAACGAGGACGCCCCGCACGAACCAGAUGGAGUGGCUCUUGUGUGGAACAUGAAAUAUAAGAAGACAACACCAGAGUAUGUGUUUCACUGCCAGUCUGCUGUUAUGUCGGCAGCUUUUGCAAAGUUUCAUCCCAACCUCGUUGUUGGUGGAACAUACUCUGGACAAAUUGUCUUAUGGGAUAACCGAAGUAACAAGAGGACACCGGUCCAGAGAACUCCGCUUUCAGCAGCUGCCCACACGCACCCGGUGUACUGUGUAAAUGUGGUCGGCACACAGAAUGCCCAUAAUCUAAUCAGCAUAUCGACGGACGGCAAGAUCUGCUCCUGGAGCCUGGAUAUGCUCUCUCAGCCGCAGGACAGCAUGGAGCUCGUACACAAGCAAUCGAAGGCAGUAGCUGUCACCUGUAUGUCCUUCCCUGUGGGAGAUGUCAACAACUUUGUGGUGGGCAGUGAAGAAGGUUCUGUGUACACAGCAUGCCGCCAUGGAAGUAAAGCUGGUAUAAGUGAAAUGUUUGAAGGCCAUCAAGGACCAAUUACAGGAAUCCACUGCCACUCAGCUGUGGGUGCUGUGGACGUCUCCCACUUGUUCAUUACUUCCUCUUUUGAUUGGACAGUGAAACUGUGGACAACAAAGAAUAACAAACCGUUGUACUCAUUCGAAGACAAUGCAGACUAUGUGUAUGACGUUAUGUGGUCUCCCACUCACCCAGCCCUGUUUGCUUGUGUGGAUGGUGUAGGGCGACUGGAUUUGUGGAACCUUAACAACGACACAGAGGUGCCUACGGCCAGCAUUACAGUGGAUGGAAACCCUGCACUGAACCGCGUCCGAUGGACUCACUCUGGGAGAGAGAUCGCAGUGGGAGAUUCGGAAGGACAGAUCUUCAUAUAUGAUGUGGGCGAGCAAAUUUCAGUGCCACGCAAUGAUGAAUGGACCCGCUUUGCCAGGACACUAGCAGAAAUCAAUGCCAACAGAGCAGACGCAGAGGAAGAAGCUGCAAAUCGCAUCCCUGGCUAAAUGCUACCCAGCUUCUGACCCCAGAGGAGACCAGCACUGACCUAACACACCCAGAAGAGCUCCCGCAUGUAUCUGUUGAAAAGAUAAUUUAAGAAGAAAUAUGUGGAUAGUAUCUGUGGACUACAAUGUUUUAUAAACUUCCAUCGCAACCAAAUGCAGUGUAUCUUAUUCCUUGUGUCACUACGUACCACUACGUACAUACUCCACUAUGUGUAAUGAUAGUACUGGCAUAGCUUUGCUGUUGGGAAAGCGGAUCGGAAUCUUUCCUCUUUUUAAAAAACCAUAUAACUCACUAACACAAAUCUUCUUUUUAAACCGAAACCCUAACGCCUCAGGAUAGCACUAUUAGGGCUGUGUGAGAGGAAAGAUGGCUCCAGCACCGCGCGCUCCAGACGUCUGUUAAUACGUUUACCUAGUCUGACAUUUUAUUAAAAGAAAAUGUUUCUAACUUGGUAUUUCCAACAAUUGUCUUGUGUUGUGUCAAGUACAUCUAGUAAAGACAAAUAGAUUUCUGUAACACAAA